UUUAACAAUCCGGCCAAACAUUGUAAAAUUGCAAACCAGGGUAGAAUCCGAUGCUCAGACGCAGACCCGCUUGACUCCGAUCUUAGGCACUCAACGACCGGCAUUUUUUUCUCUGCGAUAGCCAAUCAUGAUAACUUUAAGCCAACGACUUCGAGAGGAAUCGCAAGGCGAUGAUUCAACGGCAAAUGCCUCGUCAUCCGCGGGUCAUGUGUCGCCCAAUCACCCGCAUGCUCAUCCGGCCACCCCGCAUCGCCCGUCGAUCCGCGAUCAAUUGCUGGUCAAGGAAGUGCAAGAAAUGGAACAGAACCUUCCACCGGGCUCCAAAGUCCGCUUCGAAGAUCCCAAUGCUCUGCACGAUUUCACUUUAGUGGUGGUUCCGGAAGAGGGAUUUUGGAAUGGGGGUAAAUUUCGGUUCCGCAUCCAGGUGGGCGAAGAUUACAAUCUGGGUCCGCCUCAUGUGAAAUGCCAGACCCGACUGUGGCACCCCAAUAUCAAUGAGGAAGGUGAUGUGUGUCUGAGCAUUUUGAGACUCAAUGCCCUGGAUGGCAUGGGUUGGGCACCUACACGCAGGCUUAAGGACGUGAUGUGGGGAUUGUAUUCACUUUUCGGGGAUUUACUUAAUUUUGACGAUCCUUUGAAUUUGGAAGCCGCCGAGCACUUCCAAAACGACCGGGAAGGAUUCAAGUUUAAAGUUCGGGAUUGGGUCCAACGCUAUGCCAAGCGGUGAUUGUGGCGGAGUGGGCGUUUCUCAAUCCUUCUAUUCAUCCAUCAUACAUUCUGAAUAUUCGUGUCAUAUGCAUAACCUCAACCCAACGAAGCUGACCACCUCAAGCUAAAGAUGAUUGCCAAUUUUCAUCACAAAAUCCGUUUCAAAUAUUAAGUGAUCAAGGGACGAACUUUGGACAGUUGCCGGAAAAGGUCAUAAUCAGGCGAGCUCAGUUAACGUGGUCAAACAUUUUAGGCUUUGAACACGGAUUGACUCACCAUCAUAUUCUUAUUCUGAACUAACUCCAAUCCCAUACAAAACCUUUGAAAAAUGAAAUAUACUUCCAAAACGACUCAUAAUUCUUAUGGUUCAAACAGUUCUUAAGAGGGCUAGUUUUGUUUCAG